AUGGUUUCAAUCUCCAAAUUGAUCAACAACGGCUUGCUUCUUGUCGGCCAAUCCGUCUUCGAAGACGUUGCAACCCCACAACAAGCUGCCGUUGAACAAUACAACGUCGUCAAGUUUUUGGGUGGUUCUGCUCCUUACGUCCAGAGAAACGGCUUUGGUAUCAACACCGAUCUUCCUGACCAAUGUACCUAUGAACAAGUACAGCUUUUCUCCAGACACGGUGAACGUUAUCCAGCUCAGAGUGAUGGAAAGAACUAUGAACCAAUCUGGAAGAAGUUCCAAAGCUACAAUGGCACUUACAAGGGUUCCUUGGCUUUCCUUAACGACUACGAGUACUUUGUUCCAAACUCGGAGUUGUACGAAAAGGAAACUACUCCAGGUAACUCUCAAGGUUUGUACUCCGGUACCACUAACGCUUUGAGACACGGUGCCUACUUCAGAUCCAAGUACAACUCGUUGUACAACGAAAACUCAACUGAACCAUUGCCAAUCUUUACCUCCAACUCUGGUAGAUGUGCCAUGACUUCUAACUACUUUGCCAGAGGUUUCUUGGGUGAAGACUACGAAGAAGGUGAAACCGUCGUCUACAACAUUAUCGCUGAAGAAGCUGAUCAGGGUGCCAACUCUUUGACCCCAAGAAUCUCCUGUAAUACCUACAACUCCAGUCUCCACAACGACGUCGUUAACAAGUACAACACUUCUUACUUGAACACCAUCCAAAAGAGAUUAGUUGGUGAAAACCCAGGCUUGAACUUGACCGCCACUGACGUCAGCUACUUGUUCGGAUGGUGUGCCUAUGAAAUCAACGUCAGAGGUGCCUCUCCUUUCUGUGACAUCUUCACCAAUGAAGAAUUCAUCAAGAACUCUUAUCACACUGACCUUUCAAACUACUACUCCAACGGUCCAGGUAACAAUGCUACCUUGGUAAUUGGUUCUACAUUGUUAAAUGCUUCAUUGGCCUUGUUGUUGGAUGAAGAAGCUGAGAACAAGAUCUGGUUGUCUUUCUCCCACGACACUGACUUGGAAAUUUUCCACUCUGCUUUGGGCAUAGUCGAACCAUCUUCUGAUUUGCCAACUGACUACGUUCCAUUCCCAAGUCCAUACGUCCACUCGUCGAUUGUUCCUCAAAGUGCCAGAAUCUACACUGAGAAGUUCAGCUGCGAUGGUACUUCCUAUGUCAGAUACAUUAUCAACGACUCUGUUGUCCCAAUUCCAAAGUGUUCCGACGGUCCAGGUUUCUCUUGUGAAUUUUCCAAGUUCCAAGAAUACAUCGAAAGCAGAAUCGGUGAUGUCGACUUCCCAGAACAAUGUGGUCUCAAGGAUGACGUUCCUCAGGACGUUUCCUUCUACUGGGAUUACAAGUCUGUUACCUACAAUGCCACCCUUGGUAACUUCUAA